GAGCUGUCACAUUUUGAGGUUACAAUUAUAAUUCCAAAAUAGAAUGAAUCGCUUCGUGUAUACAAACGCUAAUUUGUUGGAAAAUGAAUCAAUUUUACUUACAGAAACCAACGUGAGGCUAUACGAUGGAGAUCAGAAGACAUCUUUUGAGGGUGGUGAGCUGGCUCUCACCACUCACAGACUACUCUGGGGUCGUCCAGGUCAAAUCGCAUCAGGCCAAACAUGCCUAUCUCUUAAUUUGAGUCUCAUAUGUUAUUACGAGCAAGAAUCGCCUACUGGGUUUGGUUUUAGUAGAUCAAGAAAGAUUUUGGUGUUUUUAUAUGAUUUGGAGAACGGAAAUGAAAAUCCGAACGGCCCUCAGUACUCCAGUAUAUAUAAUUUUAUCAAGUUAUCUUUUAGAGAAGGUUUUCAUACAGAUAUUGUACAAGUUUUAAAUGACACUUUGCAGAGGAAGUUAUGGUUAACCCCUGUGCAAUCACCAAGUCAAAGUGGAGCAAAAGCACUGCCACAAAUUAAACUUAGAACUGGUAUAGUUGGAAUUGAAAGAAGCUUACAAGAAAAACAAAAAGCCACAGAUGAGAGUAUAAACGUUGCAUUCCAAGAUUUGAGCAAACUCAUGACCAUGGCUAAAGAUAUGGUGAGGUUAACCAGACUUAUAUCCACCAAAAUAAAGGAAAAGCAGGGCGACAUAACCGACGAUGAAACAGUUCAAUUUAAAUCAUACCUACUGAGUUUGGGUAUUGACGAUCCUGUUACUAGAGAGUCAUACAAGUCUGAUAAUCAGUAUUAUAAAGGUUUGGCGCGACAAAUUAGCGAUUUUAUGUGCAAACACAUUGAAGAGGUUGGAGGUAUGAUGGCGCUAACUGAUGUUUUCUGCAGGCUGAAUAGAGCCAGGGGUUUGGAAUUGCUAUCUCCCGAAGAUAUUCUUAAUGCCUGUAAACUAAUGGAUUCGCUCGAUUUGCCGUUGAAAUUGUACCAGUUCAGUUCGGGGGUUAUGGUUUUGCAACUUAGAACACUCAGCGAUGAAACAGUUGCUAACUCUACUCUAGAACUUUUGGAGGAAAAAGAAUCGAUUUCCGCUGAAGAGUUGUCUCAAUUGCUUGGUAUUUCCACAACCCUUGCAAAAGAAAGGCUUUUAUCCACAGAAAGGUAUGGGAAAUGUUGUCGCGAUGAUUCUAUUGAAGGCUUGCGAUUUUAUCCUAACCUAUUUUUAACUCAGGAAUAAUUUAAUUAUGUUUAUGUAUUUUCUAUUGUAUAUUCAAGUUUUAUUUAUUAAAAGCAC